AUGGACUACUCGUACCUGAACCAGGCCGGCUUCGACACCUCAGGAUGCCUACAAGGACCCGCGCCAGGUAUGGUAGAUAUGACGAGCCUGGGAGGCAUGCCGUGCACGUACGGAGACCUAUCGUCGUGCAGUCAGAUGUCUCAGGCUGCUUACCGAUAUACCGCGAGUAUGGCGGCGUCCAGAAGCGUCGGCUAUGGUUCAGGUACGGCCGGACAUCACACCGGCGUCAGUUCCGCCGGUCCCUGCUCCGCAAUGAGCGUGCGGCCGCAUCCGCAGGACGUACGGGCGGCUAUGUUCCCUGCUUCUAUGGGACUUCAAAGUGGUCUUCCAUACAAAGUGUAUCCUGGGCACGACGGUGGAGCACUGACGGAAAAGCGAAAACAGAGACGCAUUCGGACUACGUUUACAUCGGCCCAGCUCAAGGAAUUAGAACGAGCAUUUCAAGAAACGCAUUAUCCGGACAUUUACACGAGAGAAGAGAUAGCCAUGAAAAUCGACUUGACUGAAGCGAGAGUACAGGUUUGGUUUCAAAAUCGUCGUGCAAAGUUCAGGAAACAAGAACGUCUAGCGCAACAGAAAGUCAGCAGCAACGGAUCAACGGGCGACCAAACCAAACAACACUCACAGCAACAUCAGCAGCAGCAACAAAAUUCACAGCAACAGCAGCAGAAUUCGCAGCAACAGCAAACAUCCGUCAAAACAGAAAUUAAAUCUUCGAGCGGCGGGGCUGGUGUUGGCGCCAGUCAUCUGGGUGGUCACCUGCCAGGAUCCGUAGGGUCUGGUUCGGGUUCCAUCAAGGAUGUGAAACCCGGGUCACCAGGCUCUGGGCUUUCGACGACUCCGAAUUCUAAUACGAGUGCGUCCAGCCUGCAGAGCAACGGCGAUGUCAACCCGUUAAUGUUCUAA